UGUAUAGUUUGUAAAUAGCCGAGUCUAACAAACAUUUGUCCGCGCGUCAUUGCGCUUUAAAAGGCAUCAACAACAUUAAGAACAAACAAGUAGACGUGUGGUCUUGAUCAUGAAAAAUCUUGUUAAUUUUACAGGUCAUUUAACACCCCCCCCCUUACCCUAUCUAGAGGCGCAGAAAUAUCAUGCGAAAUAGUUGUUCCUUUGGAAAUGCUGACAGAGGAGGCCAAACCUUAUAUUUUUUUUCUGUAGUUAUGGUUAUGUUCCAAAAAAAAAUCUCCGACAAUAAAAAGCUAGCGUUUUCUAUAUUGUUUGCGACCGCCCUUUCUUGCGUACUAGACUCUUUUUCACUUAUCUCUCUCCCUCUACGCAAUAACAGCAACAACAACAACAACCGCCCUUCCACAUUUAGUACACACUUUCCGUACACGCUUCUAUGGAUAACCUGCGACCCGAAGGCAGCGGAAAUAGUCGAAGAAGCAGCGUCAGUAGCAGCACUCGGCCGCCUUUCGUCCACUCCGUAUCCUGUCCAAAUAUACCAGAGCUUAGAGUGACCACUGAUUCUGUCCACCCGUGCGAACCUGUUGAAGCCACACCCAAAGACGACCCAAAAAGAGAACAACGACGACGACAACAACAACAAAAUGAUACCAGCAGCACAAGCAGCGAAAGCGAUACCAUGGAAGAUGAUGACGGCGAAAAACAAAACAACUGGGCUAGCGUGCCGUCUCCUACUCGACACAACCGAAUCUCGUCCCGGAGCAGAAGCAGCAUAGACAAGGAAAAAGAGCAUCAGUCAGCAGCGGGUGUUGGAUCCGAUAACGAGCUGUUGGAAGCAGCACUCGACCACCAGGAAGCUCAAGACCGCCAUGUUCGUUUUCAGGACCACGUCAUGGAAUCAGCCGCGCUUGUUGAGAGAAUGCUGAGUAUUCGUGAUGGGACUAGCCAAGACGAUCGGUUGGCUCGACGCUUUCGUUCCAACAGUGUCAUGGACGAAGCAGAUCUGGAGGGCGGGGAGCAGACGGUCAGUAGCCCCGGUGGGAUGCCGGAAUGUGCGCAACACGAAACGAUCGACUCUGGUGGAACCUCUACCGGAGCAAUGAGUGGUGCGGGUCUAGGCAUGGGAGCCGGUGGUGGGAGUGUGCUUUCCAGUCUGAUGAAAUUGGAAGCACAAAGACGUCGAAAUGAGCAAGAACAGGAGAAAAAAAACCAACGUCGAAAGCAGCAGAAGGUACCUUUUUAGUGCAAAACAAGAUCAACUAGUUGAGAGGGCAAUGAGGAUCCAUGCCGACAGUGUCUCAAGUGCUUGAUGAGUCCCUGCAUUUUCUGAAGAUAAGCCC